GCCGGCGUUGCGUUUGUAUGCCAGAGACUCAGACCGAGGGAUUCAAGGGCCGCUGGGUCAAUCCUAAAGCCAAGCUCAAGUCCGCUGCGCCGUCCACUGCGAGGAAAGCCCCCAACCCGUUCCUGUUCUUCGCGAUCACCACAGCGUCGUUCGGUGCUUUCUAUUACCUCACGAAGAAACGCGCCGCGAAUAACAGCCCGACGUCGCGCCAGCACGAUAACCCGCUCGUUCCCCCUAUCCGUCGUAAAGAGGACCAGCAGCAGUGAUGGCGCCUAUCAUUGAGAAGAUCGCGCAGGCGCUGCAUUUACCGCACAAGGACUCGAAGAAGGGGGAGAGCGCGCCUCCUGCAACCUCUCAUGCGCCGGCUCCCGCUGCAGCCGGUUCAGCCCCUGCGGCCGACGCUCCCAAGACGCAAGUGUUCGACAGCAGCAAGGUCACGGUGAUCUUCGUCCUCGGCGGGCCAGGGGCAGGCAAAGGCACCCAGUGCGACAAGCUCGUGCGCGAGUUUGACUUUUGCCACCUCUCAGCGGGCGACCUCCUCCGCGCGGAGCAAAACCGCGAGAAGUCGGAGUACGGCGAGCUCAUCCGGACGUACAUCAAGGAGGGGCAGAUCGUGCCGAUGGAGAUCACCAUCAAGCUGCUCGAGAACGCGAUGCGCGCCGCGCUCGCCGAGGGGCGCGCGGGCGAGGGCUGGGCGGAGGGAAAGGGUCGGUUCUUGAUUGAUGGGUUCCCGCGGAAGAUGGACCAGGCGCUCAAGUUUGACGAAGAGGUGUGCCAGUCGAGUUUGGUGCUGUUCUUCACGACGACGGAGGAGGUGAUGUUGAAGCGGCUGCUAAAACGCGGGGAGACGAGCGGGCGGGAGGAUGAUAACGAGGAGAGCAUCAAGAAGCGGUUCCGCACGUACAAGGAGACGACGAUGCCCGUCAUCGAGCAUUACAACAAGCAAGGCAAAGUUGCCAGUAUCGACGCCUCUCCCUCCAUCGACGAGGUUUACGAGAAGGCUAGCGCUGUGAUUAAAGAGCUCUUUGCUGGCACGCUGAACCGCAAUGUCACCGUUUAAGAAGGGUCAUCAUACAAACUACAUAUCACACUGUAAUGUUCUAUCUAGGAGAAGCUUCUGAUACCAUAUAGAUCACAAAUGCAUCUAGACUUGCCAUAGGUCUGAUCGUCAAGCAUAGACUGAGAAAGUGAUCCCGUUGUCGGUGGAUGAGGUCGCUACACAGGAAGCCUUUCCUGACUGCGCAAUGUUGAAGAUCGCACCGUCGGCGCACAACAGGUGUGCACGAUCAUCAGCGCCCUCCUGCACCCACUGAAAGCUGGCGCAGCGAAAGUACUCGACGACCGUCUCGCCAUCCCCCUCCGUGACGGG